AUGGACAUUGACCGGAUAGCUAUUAUCGGCGCUGGCGCAUGUGGGCUUGGUGUCACAAAGAAAGUUGAAUUGCUACCAUACCUUCUAGCAGAGCAGAAAUUUAAAACCAUCACCAUAUUCGAACAGCGGGACCAGCCCGGCGGUGUCUGGAAUUACACUGGCGAUGAAGGGACCGGCCCGAAUGCCAUACCAGUUCCCCAACCACGCCCUAGCUCGGAACCCCAACAGCCGGUCAAUGGGACGUUCAUUUCACCAGUCUAUGACUCUCUAGAAACAAACAUCCCCAGUUCCAUGAUGCAGUUCUGCGAUUUUCCUUUUCCAGCGGGAACUGCUUUAUUUCCUUCGCACAUUGUGGUCAAGGAGUAUCUGCAUAGAUAUGCAGAAGAGUUGCGGGACGUGAUAAAGUUCCAAACCCUUGUUCUCGAUGUCUCCGUGUCGGCAAGACACCCGCGCACAGAGUGGACAGUCACAUGGCGGGAUCUUCAAACCAACCAGGUCUCAGACGCGAAGUUUGAUGCUGUGAUCGUUGCCAAUGGUCAUCACAAUGAUCCUAAUGUCCCUGUCAUACCGGGUCUGGCCGAGUGGGACCAGAUGUAUCCGGGGUCUAUAAUCCACUCAUCUCUUUAUCGGCGUCCAGAUCCUUUUACCAACAAGAAAGUUAUCGUUGUGGGCCACUCCGCCUCAGGCAUUGACAUCGCCUCACAAAUCAGUGAAGUAUCGCAGCACCCACUACUUAUUUCUGAACGAACAAAAACCACAUUGUCACCCGAGAAGGCAGCAGUCGCCAAAAGUCUACCCGAAAUUAUCCUGCUUGAUCCCAUGAAUAGACGAGUGCUGUUCGCGAAUGAACAUGAAGAGCGGGAUGUUGACUGCAUCGUCUUCUGCACAGGAUACCAUUUUUCGUUGCCGUUUUUGUCAAGCCUUCAACCAAGCAUUAUCACCGAUGGCCUGCGACCACACAAUCUAUACCGACACGUAUUCUAUACUCCUGAGCCCACCUUGGCUCUCAUUGGGUUUCAGCAGCGGAUCGUGCCAUUCGUAAUUAGCCAGGCGCAAGGGGCAUGGGUUGCGCGGGUCUUCUCGGGGCGACUUGACUUGCCUCCCCAUGCCGAGAUGCAGCAUUGGAUCGAGGAGUGGAAGGCUGUGCGUGGUGAUGGGCGCAAUUUUAAUGUUUUUGGCUUCCCUCUCGAUGCGGAAUAUAUCAAUUCUUUGCACAAUACAAGCUCAACAGCAGUGCGCCGCGAUGGACUUGAAAAUGAUGGAAGUGGGAGAAUAUCACCGUUCUGGGGUGCGAAGGAUAAGUGGACAAGGGAGAGAGUCCCAUUGAUCAAGAAGGCGUCACAGGCUCUGGGUAGCCGGCGAAAAGACAUCACAAGGCUUGAAGAAAUUGGGUUCAAGUUUGAGGAAAGUUUGGAGGAUACAGAGCUGAACAAGGCUCAUCUGUGA